AUUUCUCUGGGGCUGAGGGAAAAGAGACCCUCUCAUACCAUUGCGUUGCGUCGACGCCAAGAGAGAGAUCAUCCUUCACUUUCUCUUAUGGUGGCUCGAUGUGCUUUCUUUUUCUUGCUUAUUAUUACUUUAUUAUUGCCUGUGCUCCCCUUCUCUCUCCACUCCGCGUGAACCAUUUGUCUCUUGGAGAUUUUAACCAUCAUUACAUAUCUGUCGCUAUUUGUGAGCGCCUACACCCCGCGUCUCGCCGUGCGAUCUGUUGCUUAUUCGAUCAUUAUUUCGACGUUGGCUUAAUCUCAUUGGUAUCGAGGUCUUUUCUAUCCAUGGCUGCGCUCGCCCUCCAAUAACAAAACUGACGGCGUGAUGAGGGGAUGUCUUACCUGCCGCCAGCGCCAUUUGAAAUGUGACAAGACUGGUGUCGAGUGUCUAAGGUGUCAGCGAUCAGGACGACAGUGCAUUCCUGCCCCCGUGAAAGCGGAAGAAGUCACUUUUCGACACGGUCAGAACCCAUCAUUGCGAACCAAGGGCCCUCCUCGUUACGGAGAGAGUGAUUUGUCUUUUCCUGACGAUCAGAUUUGGGUAAAUAUGCCUCCCGAAGUUGCUUUUGAGGAUGAGACAACUCGCACGGCUGCCGAUUACCAUGUAGUUCCGGUAGGGACGCCACCAUUUAUUGUGAGAGCAGCGUCUGAAAGUCGAUCUUCAGCCUCAUUGGCUACCUUGACACCUUCCAUCGCUCCUAGCCAUUUGCCGCGCCCAUUUUCCCCCGGGGAUCCGAGCUGGUCCAGAACUUUGCCUAUAUCCCGAUCUGUUUCAUCAAAUUCGCUUUUGCCCUCGAACAUUUUGGUCAGCCGUCAACAACUAGGAAACUUCAACGAGGCCUUCCUUCUUCGGCAUUUUCGCAAGAAUCUAGGCGCCUGGCUUGAUGUAUGUGACCCAGACAGACGCUUUGCAGCAGAUGUUGUGGAGCGGGCACCAUCGUGUCCACUCUUACUAUAUGCAUGUCUGGCAAUAUCCGCUCGACAUCUCUCACACACAACGAAAUCCGUUCCACCGAAUACUGCAGACGAAUAUCACGAGCGGUGUAUUGGAAUUCUUCUUCCGGUAUUGGAUAAUACAGACUUCAAGAUCAGCAUCGAUAUUCUCCUCGCCUCUACCGUUAUUCUGCGCUUCUUUGAACAAAUUUCCUCUCAUACACCGUCUAAUGAUCUGCAGCGACACCUUCUAGCGGGAUCGGUGUAUAUUAGCUCUCAUGCGGACUGCGCGAUUUCAGGUGGGCUCGCUGAAUCAUCAUUCUGGAUAUUCGUGAUUCAGGAUAUCCAGUUCGCUCUCGCGUGCCAGAAUCCCUUGCGAUUGACCUUUGGUCCAUUCGAAGAGAAACUUCGUCAUGCAUGGGAUGUUAGGCCUUCACAAACCGACCGUGAUUGGACUCACCGAGCAAUAUGGCUGUUGGCUGAGACGAUCAACUUUUGCUAUCUCACGAACCAUGAAAGCGCCAUUGACCCCAUUAACGGUGACGCGUUGAAAAGGAAGAUCUGCACUUGGGAAACAGAAAAGCCGGACAGUUUCCGACCACUCCACUUUUCUCCUGCUGAUCCGAGAAGCGGAAGGCCAUUUCCUGUGGUCUGGUAUACAAAUUCUUGGCAUGCUACUGCGAUACAGCACGUCUGCAUGGCCAAAGCCCUGAUACUCCAACGCGAUUUAAGAACCAUGCGCAUGGGCCCAGAUUCGAAUCGGGAGUUUAGAAGAAUGAGGGAAGACGUCAUGGAAAAUCUAGGCAUUCUGUUUGGAAUCGCGCUUUCGACAGACGACGAUCCGUCUGCCCGCAUCAUGGCUUGUCAUGCACUCUGCGCUUGUGGCUCAUGGAUUCAUGACCCCUUAGCACAGAACUGUCUGCUGGAUUUGUUGCGCCGAACAGAAGCCGAGAAUGGAUGGCCGUGGGCCUUUGCGGCCCAGAAACUCGACCAGGAAUGGCGCCUAAAUACGAGAUAAAUCCUAAAUGCCGACAACUAUGCCCAAUUUGCAGCUAGUUUAUCGAUCGAAACCACGUUAGACUAACCCUGAACGGGUUCACACCAUUGCGAUGUACAAAAAGUUUCGGCCGAUCGGACAAUGGGGGUCUGGGAAAGGGGCCUCCAAAGCACAUACAUAUUCUGGUCUGAGCAGAUUAUUGCUCAGCAACAUCAGCAGUCAUGAAGCAAC